AUGACUCGUCAUAUGGGAGCUCUAGAGAAUCAGUCGCAGCAGAUGAUGACGUUGGCAGCGGAUAAGAGGAAGAGAAAUGGAGGAGAAGACAUCACUUCUGAUGAUGAACUGAGUUUGCCUAAGAACAUACAGCAACCAGGCGGUAUACAGCCAAAUCUCAACGACGCGGGCGAAGUGGAAGAGGGCUGGAAGAAGACAAAGCCUACUAUCACCAAGCACCAUAAUAAUACCGGCCCCUCAAUAAAGAUAGCCGGAAGAGCUGGAAAAUGUGCCAGUCGUGGAAGACCUCAGAAAGGCAGUGAACGAUCACAAACCAUGCCAAGGGUAAGAAAAGCGAAAACCAAGGCACAACUGACAAAAGAACGCAAAGACGCACAAACCGAAUUAAGGACGGCAAUAGAUAAACAGAAGGAGCUUCACUGUUAUAUACAAGAUCUUGAGGAAACAAACCGAAGGCUACGGCAGUCGUUCUUCAUAAUGAAAUCCCACGAUAACUCGCGCAUGAUAUCCGACGAACAAAUUUACAAAUCUUUUUACGCCCUUAUGCACCAGUGCCAAGAGUGGUCCCAGAGAUACAGUGCUGAGACAAUGCCCGGGCCUCAUUGCCUUUCUGCUCUCCAUGAAGCGCAGGAUCGAAUUUUUGCAAAGUCGUGUGUUGAUUUUAGCAAUACACUUACCUUUUGUGAACAACAAAUCCGCUACGGGCCAUUUAUUCUUUUGCAUAUGGUGUUGACCCAUUAUAUUUGUGAUAGGGUGAUUGAGGAGCCGUUUCAUUAUUUCAGAGAUGAGCCCAAAUUAGCCACCAUUCCCCAGCUAAAGGAUUGCCUCGCCGAUAUCUUUCCAGCAGACUAUGACCAUCUUGCCCGCAAAUGGGUCGGACAAACUUUGCAAUUAUAUUGCCCGCUUAGUUUCCCACGCCAACAGCCAAAAACAAUACGUCCUCUAGAAAGGAUAAAAGAACACUGCUACCUAAACAUGGCGUCCACAUUUCUAGAUGGUCCCUGGAAAUGUCUCCUGAAAGAUAUCUCGGGGCAAUGCGAAAAGAGACUUACGAGUCUUUACAGGAUAUUUAGAGCUGCUGGAGAAGCAGCCUUGAUGGCCUGGCAGCAAUGUGAAGAAUUCCAUUGUCUUUCUGCUACAUCACCCAAACUUGUUCAAAACGGAUUCCAAAAUGGGUCGGAAUUCAUGCGCCCACAUCCUGGUAUGCGCCUGAAAGCCGACGACACCGCUCUAGAUGGGAAUAAAAUUGAAUUCGUUGUCACCCCGGCCAUUGUAGCCUAUCGCAGUGUAGACAACUUUGAAAAGGCUCCUAUUUUAUGGUGUCAGGCGAUUGUAUGGGCUACUACUACUCAUAGAAAUCAACUUCCUGCUGGUUCUUCGGAGGCAAAGGCUCAGAAGCUGGAAAAUUGCGAUACACAUAAGCGUAUUUACGCAGCCAACAGCUUUCAAGCGGAGAGCGUAGUUAGGUCCACCCCCUUGCAUAGCAUGCGGACUACCGAAGAGAUAUGCCUUGACUAUGUUCUAAUUGACGAUUCGGUUUCUGAUCACAUGAAUCCCUCAAAAACGAUGGAGAAGAAUACCGAGACAAAUGCCACUGGUAGAUACCCUAAACGCUCAAUGAAGAAGUCAACUUCCUCGUGCCAUAGUGACAGCCAUCUGGAAUUUGGGCAUCCGCAAAAAGACCCUUCAGCUCGUACAAACCAACGGACGGUCUGCGAAAUUUUGGACUCGGAAUGA